CACUGAAAAUGGUUCAGCUAGGGAAUAGAAAAUAUUAGUCACGUUUAUUUUUGACGAACGCGGAGAAAUUGAUUAUUUUUAAGUUAUGUGAUGGUUGUGUGAUAUAUUGCUUAGAUUUAAAAGUGUCCACAAGGGGUUGAGGGUAAUAGUUUCUGAGACACCAUGAGGAAGGUUCCUUUCUGUACACUGAAGAAAUUGAAGGGAAAAAAACAAGGAAGUGGCCAGAUGCGGAAUUUCAAUCCGUCACAAGGAUAGUGUGUUCCGAAGACUGGCCAGAGAGGAUGCUGCUCUUUGCCAGGGCAAGGAACAAUGGGACACAGAGAGCCCCAGUGACCCAAGACCAGGCCAGUUGCUGGGUAGUCAGAAGACGAGAAAAAAUAUGUGCAUCACCUGCACCGAUAACUUUGCAAGAUAGCAGAGGAAAAAAGUAACACAUUGAAGCUUGGUCAAUACAUUUCAGGAACUCAACCAAAUUACUAAUAAUAUCCUUGUGGCGAAAACAUGAAUUUCCUGUCAACUUUUGUGACAUUUCAGAACCUCCAUGAGGUUCGAAGAUUGUGUCACUGGGGUCCAGUCAUAGCCCUGUCUGUCAUUGCUAUAUGCUCCACCAUGGCAAUACUGGACUCUAUUAUCUGGUACUGGCCGCUAGACACUACAGGAGGUAGCAUUAACUUUAUCAUGCUCCUCAACUGGACAGUCCUCAUCCUCUACAACUACUUCAAUGCUAUGUUUGUUGGACCUGGAUACAUCCCUCAUGGCUGGAAACCAGAGAAUCAACAGGAUACCCAGUACCUACAGUACUGCAGAGUGUGCCAAGGGUACAAGGCCCCCAGAUCCCACCAUUGUCGCAAGUGUAACAGGUGCGUGAUGAAGAUGGACCACCACUGCCCCUGGAUCAACAACUGCUGCGGCCACCUGAACCACGCCUACUUCACCAGUUUCUUGCUGCUGGCUCCACUUGGCUGCUCUCACGCUGCCAUCAUCUUCAUUAUGACCAUGUACACACAGCUGUAUGAGAGGAUAUCAUUUGGUUGGAGCACUGUCAAAAUUGAUAUGAGUGCUGUGCGUCAAUUUCAGCCCCUCGUGCCAUUCAGUGUACCCGCUUUUGCUGCCACACUAUUUGCCUUAGGCUUGGCACUGGGCACCACUAUUGCCGUUGGCAUGCUUUUCUUCAUACAGAUGAAAGUCAUCCUUCGAAAUAAGACCUCGAUCGAGUCCUGGAUCGAGGAAAAGGCCAAAGACAGAAUACAGCACUACCAAACAGGAGAGGAAUUUACCUUCCCUUACGACCUCGGAACCCGCUGGCUGAACUUCAAGCAAGUCUUCACGUGGUCAGGGAUGCCCAAGGGUGAUGGCAUUGAAUGGCCAGUCCAUCCCAAGUGUCACCAGCACACCUUAACUAUUGAGCAACUGAAGCAGAAAGCUGAUAAACGAGUGAGAAGUCAGGUCCAGUACCGGGCAGUGGAGGACUAUAAUGGAGCUUGCUGCCCUUUAAGCAAAGGUCUUCAAACCUUUUUUAGAACCCCCUGCACCGAGGAGCCCAGGAUCCCCCUCAACAAGGGAGACACCAUCCUGGCCACACGUGGCACCAAAUGGUGGAUGUAUGGAGACAAAAUUCUGAACGAGGAGCAUAUGAGAGUGGGAGAGCGUGUAAGGGGAUGGUUUCCAAGGCGAUGUGUGGAGAAGUGCCAUUACGACACAGCUGCCAGCGAUAGCACCAGCGAUAAGAAAGUAAAUUAAUAUAUUUGAACAGGCUUAAUGUAGAGCAGGGGAGUUAAACUGAACAAAAGAUGUCUGUCCAUGUUCAUAAACGUGCACUCACUAAAGAUGUCAUGCCUGAUGCUGCAGUCUCACCAUCAAGAAUUUCAUAUUUUGAUUAAAAUUUCUCACAUAUUUCAAUACCAACUUGAAUUUUUUAAAAGGUAACAUAGUUCACUAAGUCUUACUGAGCACCUUGCUGUCAAAUAAUGUCUUGAAGAGGACUACACAGUUCAUUAGAGGGACUGGUCCCAUGGGUUCAGUUUGACUCCUCUGACCAAAAGUUAAACCCAGCAAGAGUCUUUAUUUCCAAGAAUUGCCACCAGGCUUUAAUGUGACGUUAUUGUGACUACAUGACUUUUUACUUGAAUCUGUUGUUUUUACUUGUGUUGAUGUCUGUUUUUGCUAAUUAUGCAAUGCCUCUGCCCAGCUAACCCCGGGACUUCUUCAUGCAACUCUUUCUACAGUAUGGAGAUAACACUUAAUUUCUUUUUAUUAUUUUUGUAAAAACAAAUUGUUGGCCUCAAAGUAUAAAUUGAAAAUUAAAAAAAAAUCUUCUGCAAGA